AUGUCCUCCAGCAACGAGGCCCCCCAACCGCAACCGCAAUCCCGCCCCGCCUCCCCCGACAUCCCAAAAAAGACCCUCGCCGAAUGGCGCAACAUAACCGCCCGCUGGAAGAAAGACUGCCCGGGCGACGCCCUCGAGUGGUGGCCCUGCAUGUCCUGCCUCCGAAAAAACCACGUUGCCGGCGGCAAGCAGAGCUUCUACUGCAGGGGGAAGGACUAUAGCAAUGAUAAGGAUAAGGACCCGGAGUGUUGUGGGAGGCAUAAGUUGCAGGUUACGCCGUAUCAUGCUCUGUAUAAGGGGUGAGG